CUCUUCUCAGUUUCUUCUCCUCCUCCGCCGCUUGUUUCAUAGUAGAUAUUUUCAUCUAGUCACCUUGGCGGGAAUUAUGCUUAGUCAUGGAGAAAAAAAAAGUGUCAUCCAAGUUCCAAGUUAAGGUUUGGUUGCUUCGCGAAGAAAUGACAAGAACAGGUUCAAUCACUGGGUUGUCAAUUAUUUCUUGUUCGCUGAUUGACAUCCCUUCUGGCUAUCUUUGUAUAUAUCUGACUUCUGUUUCGCAAUUAUCCACUGAGCCAAAAAUAUGUCGGGGACGGAUUCCCAAAGGUAUCUGAGUACGCGGGGUUCCUCGUGCGGACUAUCGUUUGAAGAUGUUGUCCUGAAAGGCCUUGCGUCAGAUGGUGGAUUGUUCAUUCCAGAGGCCAUCCCCCAACUGCCAGAUGGUUGGGAGGAGAAAUGGCGGGAUUACACAUUUCAGGAGCUGGCAUUUGAGAUUAUGUCUCUAUAUAUCUCCCCUUCGGAGAUCCCUCCUGAAGACUUGAAGAAUAUCGUCAGCCGUAGCUAUUCAACUUUCCGAUCACCAGAUAUUACACCCCUCGUUACCCUCGAUAAGCCGAAACAACUCUACCUUCUUGAACUGUUUUGCGGUCCGACUUUUGCAUUCAAGGACGUUGCUCUGCAGUUCCUCGGAAACCUCUUCGAGUAUUUCCUUGUACGGCGAAACCAGGGUAAGACUGGUAAGGACCGACAUCACCUCGUCGUGAUCGGAGCUACGAGUGGAGAUACUGGUUCUGCCGCUAUAUACGGUCUGAGAGGAAAGGAAGAUGCCUCUAUAUUCAUUCUACACCCCAGGGGGAAAGUUUCCCCUAUCCAAGAGGCUCAAAUGACGACCGUCCUUGACCCCAAUGUCCAUAACCUUAGUGUAGAAGGUUCCUUCGAUGACUGCCAAGAUAUGGUCAAGUCAAUGUUUGCCGAUCCAGAGAUGAACGAGAAGUACAAGUUGGCGAGUGUGAAUUCGAUAAACUGGGCACGCAUCCUCGCUCAAAUGACUUAUUACGUCCACUCCUAUUUCUCCCUCGUCCGAAGUCCAACAUAUGUCAAAGGAAAGCCCGUACGGUUUGUCGUACCGUCAGGCAACUUCGGUGAUAUUCUUGCUGGCUGGUUUGCAAAACAAAUGGGCCUUCCCGCAGAGAAACUAGUCAUCGUGACAAACGAAAACGACAUCCUGGACCGAUUCUGGAAGACGGGCAAAUACACCAAGAAGCCAGCCAAAAACGAGGCCACAGGCGCAGAGCCAAGCGGUGUUAAAGAAACCCUCAGCCCGGCCAUGGAUAUCCUCGUUUCAAGCAAUUUCGAACGACUCCUCUGGUUCCUUGCCCUUAAAGUUCAUGGCGGAGACGGAGAUAUUCAUCAACAGCGGCAAAAAGCUAGCGAUAUUGUUCGGGGAUGGCUUGGCGAUCUCAAAACUAAAGGUGGCUUCAGCGUUGAACCAACUGUUCUCGAUGCCGCCAAAGACCAUCUUGAAUCAGAACGUGUCUCCGACUCAGACACCAUCCAAACUAUUCGCAACAUCUACUCGUCCUGUUUCCCUUCGACUCCCGUCAGCAACGGAACGAGAGGUAAAGCUGGUGGAUACAUCCUUGACCCACACUCUGCCGUUGGAGUUGCUGCUUCACUUCGAUCUAUUGAUCGCAACCCUGGCACACAUCAUAUUUCCCUAUCGACGGCACACCCAGCGAAGUUUGCUCAUGCUGUUGAUUUGGCACUAGCAGGCCAGGAGGGCUAUCAGUUUGAGGACGUUCUUCCGCCGGAGUUUGUGGGGCUGGAGCAGAAAGAGCGCCGUGUGAUUGAGGUCCCGGCCGGAGAAGGAUGGAAGGCUGCGAGCAAAAUCAUCGACGCAAUUGUUUCGGUGUAGAUAUUUGAGACACAACAACAGGCGAAGUGACUAGAGUAAUCAAUGCAUGAGUGGGAUGUACAGAUCUUUUUUACUACAUAUACUAGUAUUUACAUAAUAAAUGUAGACCUUGCCAUGACCUUUUAAUGAGCAAUCUAUCCAACAACCCGAGAGAGUUUCACAUAGCG